CUCCAACAGCAUGUCAUGUCAUGAAAAGCACUUGCCUAUAGUCCGAUGUAACAUGCUCACAUAGGCCUGUUGGAUGCUCAAGCCCAAGCAUUUAAAACUAUCUUUAGCCCCUCACUGCAACUCCUUUGACAACCCUUACCCCUCCUAGUUAUCCUAUUUAACUCCAUCCUCUCUAAAAUACCCUAUCUACUUUAACAAUUCCUCUACAACCUUUCAAAUCAUAAUUUUAGUAACCCCAAACCUUCUAGUCUCCUAGCUUCGAAUUCUCUGCUUAAUAUUCACAUCACACACUGCUCUUAAGCACGACAUUUCCACUGUUCCUAACCUCCUUAUUGCAACUUUUAAUACCCAAGGUUCAUACCCAAGUAACAGUCAUCAUGUUUUGCCACCAACGAUCAAGUGGUAGCUCAGAAUAGAUACUAAUUCACACUUGUUUCAAGCCUUCCAGCUCGCUUCAGCCAGCCGUCGUCAGGAGAUCCACUGUCUUCCCAUCUGCCGCCUCCACUGAUACUACUUUUGACGACAUUACCUCUGCUACUAGCACCACCACCACUGCUACUUCUUUUAACAACAUUACCUCUGCCACUGAUGUCUUCUUUGCCAUCAACGACACUACCACCAGAUGGCCAGACACCCUCCAGGUCCGCCGUCGCCGCCAGGUCCUCCUUGAGGAGGAGGCACAGACUGAGGUCGACGAACUCACCACCCAGUCACACGCAUCGUCCCCAACGCCGGCUACCACAACAUUGCCCGGCCAGGGGAGAAUGAACAGGAAGACUAGACUCACCAAGAACCUGGAGUGCAACACGGCUGAAUGCAUCUUGACGUGUGAGGUGGCGUUGCUUGAGGCUGAGUCUACAGUCACUGUCUCCUUCGCAAGUCAUCUGGUCACAGCUGCAGUCACUGAGCUGCCUUACAGAAGCGUCACCGUGUACUCAUGGAUGGAUGUAGAUGUCUAUCAAAAUAACAGUACUGUUAUUAACUCCAGAACCUCAACAAAAACUCGGGUGUUCCUCCUGAGACCUCAGGAGCGAGGACUCCUGGAUAUUCCACUUUCGAUCUUGCUACUGGCUGUGACCUUCUCUAUAUUCCUUGUCCUUCUCAUCAUAGCCUGCCUCUGGAAGGCUAGUUUUUUCAAGAGGCACCGCCCUCCUGCAGCUUCAGGUACGAAGAGAACCCUCAGCUCCGUCUACUAUCAAGAUAAGACGGAGGAAGUGGAAUUUGAUGUCAAGUACUAACUUCAUGAUGAAGACAACUGACUUCAUGAAGACGACUACUGAUACUGUGAGGACGACUACAAACUUUUCAAAGGCACCUAAAAUCAUUAGGGAUUAUUAAUAAUACCUACAGUUACUCUAUAAUCUACCAACAGUUACUCUAAGACAUCCACCAACGUCCUGGCUAUCCAUGACUUAGAGAUAUUCAUUUCAGUGUAUGCUAAAGAUGUUCACUUCGAAGUAGCUGCACUAGACUCCUUUGCAUAUACGCCUCGAGAUAUGUACUUUAAUCUAUAUACACUCACAGAUGCAUACCUCAUUGUAUAUACGUAGAUAAUGUUUCAUUGUAAUAUGUACGCCUGGAAGUAUUUAUCACUUUGUAUAUACACAGAAAUAUAGAUCUCUGUAUAUAUAGUACAUGAGUCUACCUGGAGGGUGUUCCGGGGAUCAACGCCUCCGCGACCCGGUCCAUGACCAGACCUACCGGUGGCUCAGGGCCUGAUCAUCCAGGCUGUGACUGCUGGCCGCAUGUAAACCAAUAUACGAUGGUGAAAAUCUUAAUAAUAUUCUUAAAAAUAAGACUGAUGUAAGGAGAAUUAUGUGAUAAUGUGUAUUAUUAUUAUUAUUAUUAUUAUUAUUAUUAUUAUUAUUAUUAUUAUUAUUAUUAUUAUUAUUAUAUAAAAUCACAAAUAUCUUCUAAGAAUUUAAGUAUUUUGUGUUGACAUUGGCCUGUUUGUAAACACAUCGUGUUUGGGCAAAAUAUAUCAGUGUUUGUGAAAAAGUGUAUAAAGCUCUUCACUGUUUUAUUCUCCUAUGACACAGGUGUUAACCUGUACUGGUCUCUCUCUCGUACACUUAUAGGCACGUAUAAUGUCGCUCUCUGGAAACAUACAUAAAUUUCCUUAGUAUUUUAUUUAAAUCAGGAAAUGAUGGUUCUUUAAGAAUGGUAAUGAGGGUGUUCAAGGUAAUGAAGACCCUCAAGGUAAUGAAGAUAUUCAAGGUAAUGAAGAUAUUCAAGGUAAUGAAGAUAUUCAAGGUAAUGAAGAUAUUCAAGGUAAUGAAGAGGAACUCCAAUAUAUUCACUACAGAACACAUAAAGAAAUUGGUUGUAUAUUUCGCCCUCUGUCUGAGGUCCUCUUCAGGAGAAGCAUAGAGACGCAAGGGCAGUGACCACAGCACUGUACACUGCGAAGCUCUUCUCCUUUCCCAGCAUCUGAAAUAUCAUAUGACGCUGCUGGGUAACAAUUCUCUCUCUCUCUGUCUCUCUCUCUGUCUCUGUCUCUGUCUGUCUGUCUGUCUGUCUGUCUGUCUGUCUGUCUCUCUCUCUCUCUCUCUCUCUUUCUUUUAAUCAGGGUUUGACAAGGUUAGGAUCCCUAGCUUUAUUGACAAGCUAUUUACAGGUUAAGGAUUCCUAACUUUAUUGGCAAGCCAAGAGCUGUUACCUACAUCAGCUCAUUUGAAAGCAUUUUUAUUGUUAUGAGACAUACUAAUAGGGAACAGGAUGAAGUUGGAGCCAUCUGUGGGCCAGCAUUUUCAUCUGAUCAACUGACUUUAUCUCGUUGACUUCAUAAUGCAGUACGAAUGUGUUCCAUACUCGAGUCAUCCUGCGGAUAAAUGAUCUCAGAUGAAGUGAUGUUCUGGAGAAGGGUACAGCCAGAGCGAAGUUGCUGUUUUCUGCCCGUCUUGUAGUAUAGAACCUCGCUUCUCGCUGUCAUCGAAGUGGAGCCAAGUCUGUCUGUCUGUCUGUCUGUCUGUCUGUCUGUCUCUCUCUCUCUCUCUCUCUCUCUCUCUCUCUCUCUCUUAUUUGACAAAUACAAGCAUCAUGAGACUCUCGUCCUGUUUUCGACAAAUAACCACCACUAUCGAGACGAGUCAGGAGACACCUUGUUCUGAUUCAUGAAAAAAAUAUAUUGACCGUCCCGCCCAAGUCAGAAACUGCUGAGUGCCACUAGUGUCUCUCCUCCUCCCUGUGUUCCGUUAGCGCCCAACGUGGCACUGAUGAACGAAAGACUAUUGCUGAAUGGAAGGUAAGAGUGCAUUUACAAGCGAAUACAUACUACUGAACACAAGAACACACAUGACUGAACACUAGAACAGACGACUGAUGGCUUGAACACUCUACUGAACACAAGUACACAAUCGAAAGCAAAAAGACACUUGGCUGAUGUCAUCUAAUGAACACAAGAACGAACACUUAAUUCCUGA